AUGAGUCCAAAAGAGUCUGGCGUAGUGGUUAUGUCAAUAGGGAUGUUUGUGUUUCUUGUUGGUGGUAUUCUUCUGAUGGAUAGGGCACUGAUGAUAUCUGGCAACCUUCUGAUCAUCAUAGGCAUUUCUCUUCUGGCUAGAUCCAAGAUGUUUACCUUGCUGCGCCCUGAGAAGAUACAAGGUAUGGUGAUCUUUGUAGUUGCUGUAUUGUUUCUGAUCUACGGGUUUCUAGCAUUUGGCUUCCUUUUGGAGAUCCUGGGUUUAUUCCUACUUUUAAGAGAUAACAUUCCCACAUUCAGAGCUGUUCUCAGGACUUUACUAUUUGGAAAGUUGGGAAGACUUAUGAGAUAG